CCAAGAAAAAAUCGGCGGUGAGCUUGUGUAGGCGACUCGCUUGUGAACUACGUUAUGUAGUUAGUAGAAUGUCACAAAUCAACGACGGCGGUAGCACGAUCUUUGUGAGAAUACUGUAUAUUACAGUGCUCUUUCUAAGCCUAUCGCGCAGUCCAUCGAGGACACCACCAGCCCCGAGCCCUUCACUGCCAGUCCCGACCCCUUUACCGACGAAACCCUUUUCACCCAUAGCCCCUCUAUGCAGAAGCCUAUGCGUUGGCUAACUACCGACGACGAGAAUACUGACAGCAGCGAUACGCCAGUAGGCCAGAGGCUUGUCCGCCUCACAGACGACGAUGUCUUGGUCGUCUUUCGGCUUUGCCUCCAAGAGCAAGCUGCCUUCGGUCACCAGACCGACAAGAUGUUAUGGCGGCUAAUAAGCCGCCGCCUCUUCAAAUCCCGAGGCAAAGAGCAUAAGACGCUCCAACGGGUGGUAGCCAAGGCGGUCCGUGAUAGGCGAGAGUUCCUAGCUCUCCUUCCAAGCGGAGAGCAUGACAACCAGUCUUCGAUGACAGACGCCUUAGACAGCUGGAUCGCUGUCCAAGACGCCCGUCUCGAAGUCCAGAAGGCUCGACUCGAUGCCCAAGGGACUGCGAACGCUGAGACUACAGCAUCUUCAGCAUGGCGGCAGUCUUCUCUCGCACUUUGGACAGACAAGACGCAGCUCUUACGAGUAGCGUCUCGUGCUUUCCAAAGAGAGGAAGAUGGCGAGGCUAGCAGCCCCCCCCUAACAACCCCAGACCCCAGAACGUCCGACUCCACAACCCCGCCCCCUACAACCCAUCAUCCUCACGUCUCACAACGCCGACGAAGGCACGCUACAUCCACCGCCCCUAGCAUGCCUUUAGACGUAGGGGACCCUAUUGCUAUAGGGCUUGAACGCCUUAUAAGCGUUGUCGAAACUGUCGCUAGUCGGAUAGGCGGACCACAAAGGGAGGAAGGGAGGGAGGAGUUACAUGCGGUCGUUAAGAGGCGGCUUGAGGACCUAGAGUCUAAGAUUAGCGCUAUCGACCAAAAUGUAGCAACAAUGCUUGUGUAAGGCGGCCCUCACGUGA